GCUAUCGCCCACAACCAGAAGAUCGUCAAGACCCAUUUCCGCAAGGACUGGCAGCGUAGGGUCCGCUGCCACUUCGACCAGCCCGGAAAGAAGGCCUCGAGACGUUCCGCCCGUCAGGCCAAGGCUGCUGCCAUCGCCCCCCGCCCCCUCGACAAGCUCCGCCCUGUCGUGCGAUGCCCUACCAUCAGGUACAACCGCCGUGUCCGUGAGGGCCGCGGUUUCACCGUCGCUGAGCUCAAGGAGGCUGGUAUCCCCACCCGCUUUGCCCCCACCGUCGGCAUCGCCGUCGACCACCGUCGCCAGAACGUCAGCGAGGAGUCGCUGGCGGCCAACGUGGCCCGCCUCAAGGCCUACAAGGAGCGCCUGAUUGUCUUCCCCCGCAAGUCCAACAACCCUAAGAAGGGCGACACCAAGGUCAACCCUCGCGAGGUCGAGAGGGCCACCUACAUCAACGACGCCCUCCCGGUCGCCAACGAGGUUCCUGGCUUCAAGGAGAUCUCCAAGGCCGACCUGCCCGCCCCCAUCGAGGGCGGCGCCUACGCCAAGCUCCGCUACGCCCGCGCCAUCAAGCGCUCCCAGGGUGCCCGCGAGAAGCGUGCCCGCGACGCUGCCGAGGCCGACCAGAAGAAAUAA